AUGGCUACACCAACCCAUGCUCAGUCUUCCCUUCCUGCCCUACCGGCACAUCUUCAGAAUGAUACUCACCUGGCUGCUCAUCUGGCCAGCAGGUUCCAUGUCUCCCUGCCAACCGCCCGUCUCUCCUCCCAGGCAUUGAUAUGUCUAAAUACAUACACCUCAUCCACCAAGGGGCCGGAUGGCGGCAAGGAAGGUAGUGCCAUGGGAGAGGCCGAAGAUCUCGCCAGACGUGCCUGGACGAGACUCGGCUCUCGUGGUGAGAACCAGGCCAUCGUCUUCUUGGGAGAGUCUGGAUCUGGAAAAACUACUAUUCGUUCACACCUUCUUUCCUCCAUUCUGUCAUUCUCAUCGACCCCUCUAUCGACAAAACUCUCUCUAGCUGCAUUUGUGUUUGACACCCUCACUACUACCAAGUCCGUCACCACUCCUACUGCCUCCAAGGCCGGUCUUUACUUCGAACUGCAAUACGAUGGAUCAUCCACCGUCAACCCUACCCUCAUUGGUGGAAAAGUCCUCGACCAUCGACUCGAGAGAAGCCGUAUUGCAUCUGUCCCUACGGGAGAACGUUCGUUCCAUGUUCUCUACUAUCUUUUGGCUGGUACCAGCGCUGCUGAGAGAUCGCACCUGGGAUUGGAAAGUCCCACGACGGUCAGAGGCGGCGCCGGUAACCGCACCUCUGCCAGUGAAAUGCACAAGAGAUGGCGCUAUCUCGGCCACCCAACCCAGAUGAAGGUCGGAAUCAAUGACUCGGAAGGCUUCCAGCAUUUCAAGACUGCUCUCCGCAAACUGGAGUUUCCUCGCAGUGAUAUUGCGGAAAUCUGCCAGAUUCUUGCUUGUAUCCUUCAUCUUGGACAGCUAGAAUUCGCUAGUGGCCAGUCUACUAGAACUGCCCCCGAAGAGAGUGGUGGCUAUUCCCAUGAGGGUGGUGAGACUGUCACCAUCGUCAAAAAUAAAGAUACCCUGGCCAUCGUAGCCGCAUUCCUGGGACUGAGCACCGACGACCUGGAACUUAGUCUCGGAAACAAAACAAAGACUAUUCACCGCGAGAGAGUUACCGUUAUGCUGGAUCCUGCAGGGGCUCGAGCCAACGCUGACGAAUUCGCGCGCACACUUUAUGCCCUCCUGGUUGCCUAUGUGAUUGAAAAUAUCAACCAGAGGGUCUGCGCCGCUGAGAGCGCUGUUGCCAACACUAUUUCUAUUGUUGACUUCCCUGGAUUUGCCCAGACCUCUGCCACUGGCUCAACCCUAGACCAGCUCUUGAACAAUGCUGCUACCGAGUCUUUGUAUCAGUACUGUCUGCAGAACUUCUUCGAGCGCCAGGCCAACAUGCUUGAGACUGAAGAAGUCAGCGUUCCCGCCACAAGUUACUUUGACAACUCUGAUGCUGUCAGAGGCCUCCUUAAGCACGGAAACGGUCUCUUGUCCAUCCUUGACGACCAGACUAAGCGAGGACGGACUGAUAUGCAAAUGUUGGAAAGUAUGAGAAAGAGGUUUGACAACAAGAACCCUGCCAUCUCUGUUAGCAGCUCAACCGCUAUCUUGCCUGGCAGUAACUUCCCCACUCAGAACACUGCUGCUUCUUUCACCAUCAGACAUUUUGCCGGAGAAGUCGAGUACCCGGUCAAGGGCCUUAUCGAGGAGAAUGGAGAUCUCAUCUCGGGAGACUUGCUCAACCUUAUCAAUAACACCAGAAGUGGCUUCGUCCGCGAUCUGUUCGGUCAAGAAGCCCUCCAGACCAUUCACCAUCCAAAGGAGAGGUCCGCCAUCAUGCAGGCACAGGUCAGCUCAAAGCCAUUGCGAAUGCCCAGCAUGGCCCGCCGCAAGACGAGCAGAGUGUCCAAGUUUGCCCCUAAUGCUCCGAAUUCAGAGAAUGACGAUACAGAUGAUGCCAGCAGUGGUAGACGGGGUGCAUCGGGAAAUCAUAAUAAGAAGACAGGAGAUGUCGGUCUCAAGCAAGGAGCUGCUGCUCAAUUCCUUGCCUCUCUUGACAACAUUAACAAAUCUCUCUCUGCCACAAACGUCAAUCCGUACAUCGUCUUCUGCCUCAAGCCCAAUGAUAGACGAAUUGCCAAUCAGUUCGACAGCAAAUGUGUACGUACCCAAGUGCAGAUGUUUGGCAUUGCAGAAAUCAGUCAACGUCUACGGAAUGCCGAUUUCUCCGUCUUCCUGCCCUUCGCCGAGUUUUUGGGUCUCGCUGAAGAGGAGUCUGUCAUUGUUGGAAGUGACAAGGAGAAGUCUCAGCUUGUCAUCGAUGAGAAGCGUUGGCCUAAUAACGAGGCCCGUGUUGGUAGUACCGGCGUGUUCUUGAGUGAACGAUGCUGGGCCGAGGUUGCAAAGGUUGGGGAGAGAGUUGUGCCUGCAUUCAAUGGAAGUGGCACAGACGACGGCAGUGGAAUGGGUAAUAACGGAUAUAGCGACUCCAAGGUCCGGCUUCUUACCCCAGCAGACAGCACUCCUGGUGCUUACAUCUAUGGCGACGAAACCAAGGGAGGGUACUUCAACAGCCGGGAUGUUGAUGCCCGUUCAGAUGCUGGUGCAUCCGCGUUCCACUCAGGCGAUAUGUUCAAGAACUUGGAAACUCGUGAGCAGAUGGCUGAAAAGGGAAAUGAGAAAAAAAUGGUUGAAGUGGAAGAUGUUAUUGUUUCGGGCAGCCGUAAACGAUGGCUGUUCCUCGUCUACCUUCUUACUUGGUUUAUCCCUGAUUUCCUGAUCAAAAUCGUCGGUCGCAUGAAACGAAAGGAUAUACGUAUUGCCUGGCGUGAAAAACUCGCUAUCAACAUGCUUAUCUGGUUCACUUGCGGCUUCGCCAUCUUCUUCGUUAUUUUCUUCCCUGGCCUCAUCUGUCCCCCACAACACGUCUAUUCCGCAGCCGAAUUAACUACCCACAACGGUGAUCCCGGUAAAGAUGCAUUCAUUGCCAUCCGUGGUGAGGUCUUCGAUCUUGGAGAAUAUGCUAAAUCCCACUAUCCCAGCAUUGUUCCCCGAAAGGAUUUGCUUAAGUACGCUGGUACCGAUGCAAGUGACCUGUUCCCGGUCCAGGUUUCUGCUCUCUGUGAUGGUGUAGAUGGGAAAAUUGACGAUGCUGUUCAACUUGACUACACUCCAAUAAACCGUACCGGUUCAGCCUCCGUCAUCAGCAAGUCUGACACCAACGCUCAAUAUCAUGACUUCCGUGCUUUCCUUGAGGAUUCCAGACCAUGGUGGUAUUUCAAACAGAUGAAAAUGCUCCGUCAAACUUACGCCAAAGGCCAUAUUGGUUUCACACAAAAACACCUAAACGAAAUGGCUGAUCAAUCGCAAUACAUUGCGUUAAUCAACAACCGUGUAUACGACGUCACUACCUACAUUACCGGUGGCCGAAUAGUCAAAUCCAAAGAGGGACAGGCUACUCCAAAGGAUGUCAACGUUGACUUCAUGCAUCCCGAUGUCAUUAGCCUUUUCCAACGCUACCCAGGACAAGAUAUUACCAAACGCUUCGAGGAGCUUAAUAUCGGUAGCGCAAUGCGUAGGAAUAUGAAAAUUUGUCUCGACAACCUAUACCUUGCAGGCGAACUCGACAUUCGUACCUCUCCCAGAUGCUUAUUCUCCCAGUAUUUCAUUCUUGCUAUCUCAGUCCUCUUGGCCACCAUCAUUGGAUUCAAGUUCUUGGCCGCUCUGCAAUUUGGAAAGAAGAAUAUUCCCGAGAAUAUUGACAAAUUUAUCAUUUGCCAAGUUCCUGCAUAUACCGAAGAUGAAGAAUCUCUGCGCCGUGCCAUCGACUCAAUGGCUCGCAUGAAGUACGAUGAUAAACGCAAGCUUCUCCUUGUCGUUUGCGAUGGUAUGAUUAUUGGACAAGGAAAUGACCGUCCAACUCCUCGAAUUGUUCUCGACAUCUUUGGUGUUCCAGAAAAUAUUGAUCCAGAGCCUCUCAGCUUUGAAAGUUUGGGAGAAGGAAUGAGACAGCACAACAUGGGUAAAGUCUACUCUGGUCUUUAUGAGGUGCAGGGCCAUAUUGUUCCGUUCCUGGUUGUUGUCAAGGUUGGAAAGCCGUCUGAGGUAUCGAAACCUGGUAACCGUGGAAAGCGAGACUCGCAGAUGGUUGUUAUGCGCUUCUUAAACCGUGUUCACUAUAAUGCUCCCCUUAGCCCUCUCGAGCUCGAGAUGCACCACCAGAUCCGUAACAUCAUUGGAGUCAACCCGACAUUCUACGAGUUUAUCCUGCAAGUCGAUGCCGAUACUACAGUCGCUCCUGAUUCAGCAACUCGAAUGGUGGCAGCAUUCCUUCAUGAUACACGUGUCAUUGCCCUCUGCGGAGAGACAGGUUUGAACAACGCCAAAUCCUCAAUGAUUACCAUGAUUCAGGUCUACGAAUACUACAUCUCUCAUAACCUUACGAAAGCUUUCGAGAGUUUGUUCGGUUCCGUCACCUGUUUGCCCGGUUGUUUCACCAUGUAUCGAAUCAGAGCCGCUGAUACUGGAAAGCCUCUUUUCGUCAGCAAGGAAGUCGUUGAUGCCUAUGGUGAAAUUCGUGUCGAUACCCUGCAUAUGAAGAACUUGCUUCACCUGGGUGAGGAUCGUUACCUGACCACCCUCCUCCUCAAGCACCAUUCCAAGUACAAGACCAAGUUCACUUUCAACGCGCACGCCUGGACCAUUGCACCUGAUACUUGGGCCGUCUUCAUGUCUCAGCGUCGUAGAUGGAUCAAUUCCACAGUACACAACCUGAUUGAACUGAUUCCACUCCAGCAGCUCUGCGGUUUCUGCUGUUUUAGUAUGCGAUUUAUCGUGUUUAUUGACCUUCUCAGUACUAUCAUCCAGCCAGUUGCCGUUGCAUAUAUCGUCUAUCUUAUCGUUCUUGUUGCCCUAAACAGUGGAACUGUCCCAUGGACAGCCCUUGUCCUACUCGCAGCUAUCUACGGUCUUCAGGGCAUCAUCUUCAUCGUCCGCAGGAAGUGGGAGAUGGUUGGAUGGAUGAUAAUUUACGUUCUCGCCAUGCCUGUGUUCUCCAUGGGUCUCCCUCUAUAUGCUUUCUGGCACAUGGACGAUUUCAGUUGGGGUAACACCCGUAUCGUCACUGGUGAGAAGGGACGUAAGAUCGUCAUAUCUGAUGAAGGCAAAUUCGACCCAGCUUCCAUCCCCAAGAAGAAGUGGGAAGAAUAUCAAGCUGAACUAUGGGAGGCUCAAACCCACGCUGGUGCUGAUGACCGAUCUGAAGUCUCCGGCUACUCGUAUGCCACUAAGACUCACUACGCUCCUGCUACUGAGUACGGAUAUUCCGCUUCCCGGCCCGUAUCUCAAAUAGACCUCAGCAACCGCUACAGCUCCCGUCUUUCGAUGUCUGCCACAGAGCUACUUGGCCGAGGCUCAGAUGUUGAGAUGGCUGAUCUUUCUGCCCUACCAAACGAUGACUCCCUCCUCGCUGAGAUCAGAGAUAUCCUCCGUACCGCAGACUUGAUGACCGUGACGAAAAAGAGUGUGAAGCUUGAGUUAGAACGUAGGUUCAACGUCAACCUAGAUGCCAAACGGGCGUACAUUAAUUCAGGUGGUAUUUUCUCUGCUCCAUCUUUACGAGCACAAUGUUGGCUUCAUCUUGCAGAUUUCAGACUUCUAAACCUGUCUUAUUUAUUUCCCCUCUCCGACUUCAUACGAUAUUUACUCCUAAUAAACUUUUGUGCCGUACAUCAUUUCUAUUCCCCUCUUGUUGUGUUUCUAUUCUCUUUUUAUCUAUCUAGUGGUUCUGCCUUGUGUCUUGGUUUAUGA